CCUCUGAGGAUAGACCUAUAUUUCGGUGCACAUACCUUGUAAACAGGGAUUUACUGAAAGUAACACUGAAAUGUUGUAAACUUUAGACCAGCAAGAUUAAUAUUCCUUCUCACACUUAAGCAGCAUGCAUGGGAGAAGUAGGUGGCAAAGUAUAAUAGCUUGAGCCAAGCAUGGAACACAUUCUCUUAUUAGGAGUCCUGGCAACUGAAACUGUUAUAGGAAACCUACAUUUUGGACAGUAACACGGAAUAGAGAUCUACAAUAUGGACAAAAGAGUUGGCAUCACAUCCACUGAUUUUGGUACCACACAUUCUGCAUAAAAACUUUCCAAUAUUACAGCAGCUGCGAAUUUUUAGAUUUAUUGGUAAAAGUAUUAGUGGAAAUGUUUUUUAUCAAGCAGUAUGGGAACUUUGUAUGAAAAAUUACUUUUAUAGUCCAUGAAGCUGGUGGAAAACUAGCAAACAGCUGAGGUACAUUAUUAUUAUUUUUUUGAGGGAAAAAAGGUUGAACUAGUUCCUACAUGCACUGCAUGGUAAAUAAUAGUAACAUUCUGUCACAAAAAAAAAAAAAAAAAAGAACUGACACUCCAUUUGGUUUCCACAUACAACAAACAUCUUGGAGGUGUGCUGUUAACAGCCUAAGCAGUUCUGAGAACCAGUUACCAGCUAGGACCAUAUGGGUUCUCAUUGACCAGCAAGAGUUGAGAAACAGUCUUAGAGGAAUAGGAAAUAGAAGUAGAAGCUGCAUAUGGAAAAAUAACUAAGCAGUACACUGGACUAGAUUUAAGCAGCGCUGAACAGCUAAGGAAGGCAUUGUUUCUCAUAGUGACCUUUAUGAAACUUCUGACUAUUUCUUAAUGCUGAAAAAUAUAUUUGAGUUAUGGCAGUGACUCGCAGGACUGUGAUUGCCACGUUGAUAUGUUGCGCGGCAGUCCUAGGAGUGUACUUUCUAUAUUUUUACCAUGGCUCGCCCGAAGACAUUAUGUCAAGGAAUAGGAAACAACACAACAAAGCUGCAGUUUCACAGGGAAAGUUUUUACAUAGAGCUGCUCUAAAAAGUGAACAUCCUCAAGUUGAGGAUGGGGGAGAUGAUGAAGAUGAAGGGGAAGAAGAAGAUGAAGAUGACCCUGCAGUAUCCUCUUACAAAUUAUGGGAACAAUGGGUAGAGGAGAAUGGCUACCUCUCUAUUGGAGACAUAUAUGAUAAAUGUGAUGAUAGCAAGGACAGAGUAACACUAGGAAAGGUUAUCCUGCUCCCAGAUCAUGAGAAGGGAGGGGUCACAUCAGUGUCAUUCUUAAACCACACUAUAGAAAAUGACAUAGAUGAAGGCAGCGAGGUGAAGAUAGAGGUCUCCUACAAUGGGAAGGAACUGUACAAAAAUCACUGGGAAUUAUGCACAAUAGAUGAAGAUGAAGAAGAGGAUAGAAUUGUUUUUUGUCCAAUUAAGAAGGGACCAAGAACAUGGAAGAAAGAAAUGAAGAUUCCAAAUUAUUUGCCAAAGGGAAGGUAUACAGCCAAAGCAUGGUUGGUUGACAUAGAUGAGAAGAUUUUGGUGUGUGGAUUUGCAGACUUCACUCUCUGAUGAUGGUUACUGUAAUUAUCAUCAUCAGCAUUUAAAAUAGUAGCGCUUAACAAGUCAUCAUAGUUCAUUCAUUUAAAGAUGUCACGACCUCAGGGUUUCACCAGAUAAAGAUCAUUUACAGAAAAUAUUUUCUGAAAGUUUUUUUAUUUUAAAAACUUUUAUCUGGGGCAAGGAAAAUUUCUUAUGGAUGAAACUUUGGUUGAUAAACAAUCUAUUUAUGUUGCUUUUUAUUUAUGUAGCUUCCAAAGUUGCCCAAAAUAUCUUUGUUUAGAAGUUUUGGUGUAGUGUAGAUGUGGGGACAUAUAAUAUGAUUUGAAAAAUAUGCUCAAUGCUAUUACCUCUCAUGCCAUUUGGAUCAAACCAAAAUGCUGUAAUGUUUCUUAUUAUAGUGAUCAUAAUAAAAUAUCUAUGACUCUUCU